AUGGACGGCAAGACCCUCACCUGCGACAGCGACAUCAGCAUCAUAGGGGAACAGAUCGACAGCCGCCUCACCUUCACAGACCACGUCAGGGGACUGGCGAGAAGCGCGGCGAGGAAACUGGCAUGCGUCCGUCGAAUCGCACCUCUCCUUGACGCCAAAGUCUGCUGCACGCUUUACCAUUCCCAGGUUCGCUCCGUUAUAGAAUACUGCCCUCUGGUGUGGUCCUGCUGCCCUCCAUCAUACCUGGGACUACUAGACAAGGUCCAAAAACGAGCCCAGAGACUAGUGUCAUUUAAAAGGCCAGUAGAAGACCGACAAUUACACUUCCAGCCACUUCAGCAUCGACGAGAUAUUUUAGCUCUCUGCGUACUCUACACAAGCAACACGUCCCUUCUCAUGUCUCUGCGACCUGAACCACGAGCGGCUCCACUGCACAGCAACACGACACUCUAG